AUGCCACCACAGCACGAUUUAUAUUUACCUAAGAAUAAAGCCUCGAAUAUAUUCUUUGCAUUUAUUUUUGGCUUUCUUCUUCAGUUGAAACUGUUUUCUUUCAGCCUGCUUUGUGUCUUCAUUAGUGACACUUCCAGAAACACUGAUAGUUUCUUUCUUUCUUUCAUUAUUCCUUUCUUCAUUUCUUUCACAGUUGUUUUCUUUCUUUCACGAUUUUUAUCUUUACACUUACUUUCUUUCAAAAUUAGUUUUUUCACGAUUUUUUGUUCUUUUUAUCACAAUUUCUUUUUUCAAAAUUACUUUCUUUCACAAAUUCUUUGGCAAUUUCUUUCUUUUACAAUUUCUUUUUUUUUUUUUUCGCAGUUUCUUUUUUCACAAUUUCAUUCUUUUUUUCACAGUUUCUUUCACAACUUUUUUCUUUCAAAAUUACUUUCUUUCAGGAUUUUUUUCGUUUUUUCAGAAUUUCUUUUUUUCAAAAUUAUUUUCUAUCUUUGUUUUGAAAUUAAUUUUUUUCGAAAUUUAUUUCUUUCAAAAUUUUUUCUUUCACAUUUUCUUUCUUUCACAAUUUCUUUCUUUCACACUUUUUUUCUUUCACGAUUUCUUUAUUUCACUUGUUUGUUUCUAUCAAAAUGUCUUUCAUCUUUCUUUCAUAAUUUCUUUCGUUCGCGAUUUCUUUGGUUUACAAUUUCUUUCUUUCACGAUUUUUUUUUUUCACAAUUUCUUUUUUUCAGUUUCAUUAUUACAAAUUUUCUUUCUUUCAUGAAUUCAGUCUUUCAAAGUUUCUUUCUAUAUUUCUUUCACAAUUUAUUUCUUCUUUUUUCUUUCAUUGACAUUUUAUUUCCUUCAGUUUCACUUUCUUCCCCAAAUUCUCUGUUUCGCAGUUUCUUUCUUUUUGUCUUUAACAAUUUCUUUCGUCCAUUUCUUUCUGUCAAUUUUUUCUUUAUUUCACUUUUUUCUCAUUUUCUUUCCUUCAAAAAUUCUUUCCUCCGAAUUUACAUUCUUCCAAAUUUUCUUUCAUUCAAAAUUUCUUUCUUUCUACCACAUUUUCUUUCUUUUGUCUCUUUCUUGCACAAUUUCUUUCGUUCAGUUUCUCUCUUUCACUUUUUUAACUUCUUUCACAAAUUCUUCCUUUCAUAA